UUUACGUGGCUAUGUGUGAAGGUUCCACCUUGCCUGCAAAUCCCUCGAGGAUCCACCUUAUUUAGAAUUAGCUAUCUUUGGGUAAAUCAAUGAAGUAGAACUUGUCAAAAAAGUUUGCGUUGGUCCCAUACUCCCCGUUUCGUCACCCUUUUAAAAUCCACGCCCGCCUUUGAAUCACUCCAAAAAAUCUGUAUUUCACAAGUCCAGACCUGCAAGAGAUAUAAAUAAAGAAAUGAAGAAGAGUCUCUACACUCCAAUACUUUUGGUCGCUCAGGCGCUCUUCUCUGCUGCUGCUGGAGACUAUUAUUAUGGUGAUGAGUGCGUUUACACCCUCUACGUCAAGACCGCAUCCAUCAUCAAGGCUGGAACCGAUUCCAAGAUCAGCUUGUCCCUCGGUGAUCCACAAGGCCGCUUUGUUUGGGUCAAAGACCUCCAGUCCUGGGGCCUAAUGGGCCCCUCCUACGACUACUACGAGCUCUGUAACCUCGACAUCUUCAGCGGCACUGGCCCCUGCAUUGGCACACCCAUUUGUCGGCUCAACUUGUCGUCCGAUGGCUCUGGUUCGUACCAUGGUUGGUACUGUGAUUACGUUGAGGUCACUUUCACUGGACCACACAAGGAGUGCAGCCAGACCAUCUUCUACGUUGAUCAGUGGCUGGCUACCGAUGCUCCACCUUUCAAGUUAACGGCUCAGCUUGAUGGGUGUAGUUUGUGGGAUGAAUCAGCCAACAAGAAGCAGAGGUUUGUCGUUGGGAAUCAAAGAAGAAACGCAGCAGCUUGAAAAGGGAACAGUUGAUCUAUGAUCUAUAUGUUGGUGUUUUAGUUAUAAUCUUAAGCUAGUUUUGGGUUUCUCAUGAGUAACAAGACAACGAGAGUUUUCUAUUUCAAUGAAUUAUUUUUUGUUUUAUCUUCCAAUUUGAUCUUCUUCUGCUCGCUUGAAGUUAAAAUUCAACUAUAAUUCAUUGGAUAUUCGCUAAGUUUACCGUCUUUAAUCCGAAGCCGAGUAUGAACUAUGCCAUUCUAACUAACUCUGUUACAUUUAAACUAUAAGAUCAAUGCCACAAUGAAAAUGCUGGCGAAAUAUCUAGACCGUUAUUUUCCUAAAAUGGUCUCACCAACGACGAUGAGAACCACCGGCUGAUUCCGCCGCCAACAAUCAGUCCGCUCACAGUACUAGUAAGGUUGAUUAGCGGCACACACGAGCGAAUAUAGCAAUCUGGUUUGCCCCUGUCGAUGUGCUGAGGGAGCUAGGUCUCCUUCUCCGGAACCCACUUAUAAUAAUACAGAAAUUAGAAUUAAACUAGAAAGUACAGGCCGAGAGAGAAAUUGAACAAAAGCAGCCCAGAAAUCAAAUAAUAUCAAAUUAUCAAGAAAAAUCCACCUUUAAGCCUCCUCCUAUCCUGAUUACUUUACUUGCUCCGCAAGCCAUCUGAUUACGGGAACUAAUUGCAUGUUUAGUCGAAGCACAAAUGCAGGAGACAUUGAAAUGCUGCUGCAGGGAUGACAUGAUUGCACCCUGUAGAUGAGCACAAGCAUAUGAGGGAGCAGCAAAGGCCCUAAGUGGACAUAUUCUCAACUAUUUCUUAUUUGAAAAUAUUUAUGUGAUGACUCAU